ACUAUUUCAUCCGGGGCCUGUUUUUCUGGAGGAUUUCGAAUACUUGACUCGACUCGACUCGACUUGACUUGACUUGGAUUACAAACCAUUUCUGGUCUGGUCUGGUCUUUUAAUCCAUCCAUCCAUCCAUUGAUCAGUGACCUGUCCAUUUGUCUAUAUCUGUACUGGUAUUGUUGACAUUCUUCCUUUACUUAUAUUUCAUACUCUCUCUCUCUCUCUCUCCCGAACUCUCUCUCCGUGUAUAUUGUGCGAGGUCUGGUGUAUACAUCCCCUCAUUCUCUCUCCUCUCCGAAUACUUGAUAUCCAGCUCCAGUUGCCUCUCCACUUCCAUUGAUCUCUUUACCUUUUCACUCUCUACUCUUCCUCUUCCAUAAACCAACAACACCACCACCACCACAACCACAAUGUCCGUCCCCAACCGUGGCCUCGUGCACACCAAAGUCCCCACUGGAUGGCCCGUCCCCGGAGAACACGUCACCGUCCAGGACACCGGAUCAUUCGACCCCAAAGCCUCACCCCCGGCCAACGGCAUGGUCUUAAAAACCCUCUACGCCUCAUUCGACCCCUACCUCCGCGGUCUUCUUCGCCAUCCUGAAUCCGAAUCCUACACCUCGGCCGCCCCCGUCGGGGCCGCCAUCCCCGCCGGCCUGGUUGCUCAAGUCCUCUCAUCCAACCACCCAGACUACUCGACCGACGACCUCGUCGUGGCUAUGCUUCCUAUCCGGGAAUACAACAUCUGGAUCCACGACGACAAGGCGCCGCGUCGACCCAUUAAAGUCGACCCCAAGAAUGCCGGUGGCGAUCCACGUCAUUUCCUCGGUGCGUUGGGCAUGCCUGGUUUAACGGCCUUUUCGUCGUUUUAUGAAAUCGGCAAGCCGAAGAAAGGUGAGACGAUUGUCGUUACGUCGGCGGCGGGCGCGGUGGGGCAAUUGGUAGGUCAGUUGGCGAAGAAAGAGGGGUUGACGGUUUUGGGAUCCGUGGGCUCGGAUGAUAAAUUGGAUUUCAUCUUGAAGGAUCUAGGGUUUGAUGCUGGGUGGAAUUAUAAAAAGGAGAAGUCGACCAAGGAGGUUAUUAACAAGUUGACGGAUGGGAAGGGAAUCGAUAUCUUUUAUGAUAAUGUGGGAGGCGAACAGUUGGAGGGCGGGUUGGAUACGUUGCAUGAUUUUGGGAGAAUCAUCGCCUGCGGCCAAAUCUCUCAAUACAACCUUGAAGAAAAAGACCGAUAUCCAAUCCGCAAUUCGAUAAACACCGUGGUCAAACGACUGUUAUGGCAAGGAUUUAUUGUGUCUGACCCCAACAUGGGAGCGAAAUAUUCGGCCGAACAUCAAAAGGUCGUGGGUAAAUGGAUCAGUGAAGGAAGUUUUCAGCCCAAGAUUCAUGAGACCGUGGGGAUUGAAAAUGCAGCAGAGGCUUUUGUGGGGAUGCUUAGGGGAGAGAAUUUUGGAAAGGCGAUUUUGAAGUUUGAAUAAAAUGAAUGUACGAAGAGAUUGGAGGAGGGAGAGAGGGAGGCACAGACUUU